GGUUUUUGGGUGAUAUCGGGAAUGUUUGAAUUGUCGAGGUUAAGAAUCUAUGAGGUUAGGAUUUAUCAGGAAAUUCUAUCAAUUUUAUAUUUGCAUUAUUACAUAAUGUUGUGUUGUAAUAAAUAAAAUUAUACAUAAUAACGUACGAUUUGUUGAUAGUACGAUUUUUAUUUGAAGUAAAGCCUCAUCGUUAAGUUAAAUUAUUAAUAUAAUGAAAGUACUAAGCACGACAUGGAGAAAUCUAACUGCGAAUGUACGGAGAAGUACUUCAGUGCCACAGUUCAGAAGAUUUCUUAAUAUUGCAUUCAGUGAUAAAUUUCUAUUUUGUACAAAUAUUACUAUAUCAAUAGGACUAUCAUCAGUAGGCGACCUAAUGGAACAAAGUUAUGAAAUAUUUAUCAAAGAACAAACUCAUUACGAUUUAAAGAGAUGCUCGCACAUGGCAUUCUCUGGUGCUGCAGUGGGUGUGUUGUGUCAUCAUUGGUAUAAAAUUUUAGAUAAGUUUUUAGUGGGCAAAACUGUGGACAUGGUUAUAAAGAAGUUGGUCCUUGAUCAGUUCAUAUUUUCGCCGGUCAUGAUAGUCACACUUUUUGGAAGUUUAGCUCUGUUCGAAGAGCACCCCCUUGAAAAUUUCAAGGAUGAAGUGAAAGAUAAGUUCGUGAAACUGUAUCGUGCCGAGUGGAUGGUGUGGCCACCUGCACAAGUCAUCAAUUUCUACUUUCUGCCGACGAAGUACAGAGUGCUAUACGACAACACGAUAUCAUUAGGAUAUGAUGUCUACACUUCUCAAGUCAAACAUUCUAAACCAGCGAAAACUGCAGCGAAAGAAACGGCAAACAUGAUCACUCAUGCAUCUUGACAAAGGUUUUUAAUAGGAUGUAUUGAAAUGUAUUAGUAAAUUCAUGUUGAUUAGUUUUAUAAUGGCACUUAUUGUCAAUUUGUCGUCACUCCGUUUUGGUGUGGUACGUCCUCUCAGAGUUUUCAAGUACCUCGACAUAAGCUAUGCUGUGAUAAAACGUUUACCUACGUACAAAAAUAGGUGUAUACUUAAUGUAAUCUGUAACAUUUGUAAUAUAUUUUUUUUUAUGUAUUUAUUCAAUGCCAAAUAAGUAUUUGACAUAAAAAUUUAUACACAAUA